AUAGAUGCUAGGUUCUGUGGCGUGGGUUUAGUUAGAUAUAUUUGUGUGUUGUUGGGGGUCGCGUUUUUUACACUCCUGGAGCGUAAAGGGCUGGGGUAUUUCCAGAUUCGAAAAGGCCCGAAUAAAGUUGGGUUGAUAGGGCUGCCGCAGCCUCUAAGGGACGCGGCAAAGCUUUUCACUAAGGAGCUGGUAAAGCCGACUCUUGCAAAUCAGUUUGCAUAUUUUGUUGCCCCUGUAAUGGGGUUAGUGUUGGCUUUGUUGCUCUGGCAACUGUAUCCUUCGGAUAGCUUAGCAGAGCAUUUUAGCUGGGGUAUUUUGUUUUUUCUAUGUGUUUCUAGGAUGAAUGUGUAUAGUACCUUGUUGGCCGGUUGAGCGUCGAAUUCUAAGUAUGCAUUAUUAGGGGCUAUUCGAGCUGUUGCGCAGACUAUUUCUUAUGAGGUGAGAUUAGUCUUGAUUUUGUUAUUUGUGUUGUUCGUCUGUCCUAGGUUCAGUUUCAUGGAUGUGAAGGAGUCCCAUGGAGUGGUGUGGUUAGGGUUUCUUUUCGUGCCAAUUUCUCUAGUCUGGUUUGUGUCGUGCAUUGCUGAGACUAACCGUGCUCCGUUUGAUUUUGCGGAGGGGGAGUCUGAGUUAGUGUCUGGGUUUAACAUUGAGUACAGUGGUGGGGGGUUUGCUUUGAUUUUUAUGGCUGAAUAUGCUAAUAUCCUAGUAAUGAGGCUUUUUAGUGUGGUUUUGUUUUUCGGUGCCGGGAGUGUCGGGAGCUUAAGGUGAGAUUUCGUGAUGGGAGUUAAGACCCUUUUUGUUGCUUUUGCUUUUAUUUGAGUUCGGGCUACUUUACCACGAUUUCGGUAUGAUUUGCUGAUAGGGUUGACUUGAAAGAGGUUUUUGCCGCUAGCUUUGGGGGCUUUAGUUGUGGUAGUUGGGGUUAUGUUUUGUGUGGUUUUAGUUUAA